AUGAGGGGAGGAGGUUUUUAUAAAGGCACGAGCACAGAACAAACACCUUAUUUUGGUGAUAAGGAAAAAAAAUUAAUGGAAAAAAUAGUAUGGCCAGAAAUAUAUAAUAAGAAAAUAGAUGUAAAUAAAAUUAAUUUUCCAUUAAUAGAAGAAUGGAUAAAUAAAAGGUUAAUUGAAAUUUUAGGUUUUGAGGAUGACAUAUUAUAUGAGUAUUGUAUAUCACAGUUGAAGCAAAGUAAAGACAAAAAAGAUGGUGAAGAAGAUAAAUAUCUGAAUGCAAAAAAACUAAAAAUAAAUUUAACUGGUUUUAUAGGUAAUAAGAAAAGUGAUUUAUUUAUUGAGGAAUUAUUAGAACUGUUAAUAAAUGAAGAAAAAAAUGAAGGACAUAUUGCUAAUACGAUAAAUGAAAAUAAAACAAAUGAAAUAAAACAAGUGAAAAAUGAAAAUGAAAAUAUAAAAAAAAAUUUGAAUAAUGAAAAUAAAGAUAUCAGUAAUAAGGACAAAGAACAUGUGAGGCAUCAUAAGGAACACGAUAUUAAUAAUAUAAAUCUUACAAAAGAAAAAGAAUAUACAAAUAUAAAACGUGAUGAAAGAAAAAAUAAAAGAUCUUCAUCACAAAUAAGUGAUGAUUAUAAAAAGAAAUCAUUUAAUAAAAGAAAACAUUCUAUCGAAAGAUCUUUAUCGAGUAAAAGAUAUGAUGAGAAAAAUAACAGACGUUUUAAUAAUAAUAAUCACAGAACAGACACAUAUAAUAGAAGACGUUCUAAUCAUAUUGGAUAUAAACAUAAUAAUUCAUAUAGCUCAAGUGAUGGUAAAUAUCGUAAUGGUCGUUCUUUAUCGAGUAGUGAUAUAUCAUAUCAACAUCGAAGAAGAGUAAAAAAAAAAAAAAUAAAUAAAAGACAUGGUGACUCAUCAUCUGAAGUAAGUAGUCAUACUUAUGCUAGUAGGUAUGAUAAAGAGAGGAAAAGCAUAAGAAAAAGAGACAUAAAUUUGGAGAGGCAUAAAGAAAGAGGACAUAUAAAUAGAGACAAAGAAGGAAAAAAUAAACAUGGAGAUAAAGAAGGAAGACAUAAACGUGCAGAUAAAGAAGGAAGACAUAAACGUGCAGAUAAAGAAGGAAAAAAUAAACGUGCAGAUAAAGAAGAAAGACACAAACAUAGAGAUAAAGAAAGAUAUAGAAAUAGACACAAUCAUAAGAGACCAUAUUAUGAUGAAAACAAAUCUGACAGUUCAAGAAAUAGUGAUGAGGAUAGUGAUGAUAAUAAUAAUAAAAUGAGAAAAAAUAAAAAACACAUGAAACGUUAUACUUCAUCCAAAUCGGUUAGUGAUAGUAGCAAUAUGUCAAUUAAUAAAUCAAGUGAUAGAUCAAAUGAUAAAUCAAGUAGUAGACCAAGUAGUAGAUCAAAUGAUAGAUCAAGUAGUAGACCAAGUAGUAGACCAAGUAGUAGACCAAGUAGUAGAUCAAGUAGUAGACAAAGUAGUAGAUCAAGUAGUAGAUCAAAUGAUAGAUCAAGUAGAAGAUCAAAUGGCAGACCAAGUAGUAGAUCAAAUAAUCUAAGUGAUUCGUCAAAUAAUAAAUCUGAAUCUUCAGAAAAAAUUAAGCGAGAUAAAAGAAAAGAAAUCAUAAAUUCUGAUAGAAAUAAAAGAAACAGUUCUAUAAGAAUGUCUAGAGAUAUCAAAAGAAAAGAAAUAGAUAAUAUAAUGCGAAAAAAAAGUUACAGAACUUCAAAAAAAAAAAUGAGAGCAUGGUCAUCGUCAGAAAGUAGUGACUCUGGAGAAAAGUAA